GCCUUGAAAGUGACUGCAGAUGUCAACUGCAUAGUCGAUUACUUAGCCGAGAAUGAAUCCCAGCUUCUGCAUAUGAACAGUGAAGGAGAAAAGGGCUUGCUCUAUGGAGUUCCCGUCAGCAUAAAGGAAUCCAUUAACUGCAAGGGCUAUGACACCACUUUGGGCUUUGCAAAGCAUCUCUUCCAACCAGCAGCAGAAGACGCUGUGGUAGUGCAGGUGUUGAAACAUCAAGGAGCAAUUCCAUUCGUAAAAACAAAUAUUCCCCAAUCUCUACUUACUUAUGAUUGCAGUAAUCCGAUCUUUGGAGCAACAGUGCAUCCUUUGAAUCCCACAAAAAGCCCUGGUGGAUCGUCAGGAGGUGAAGGAGCUCUUAUUAAAAGUGAAGGAUCCAUUCUGGGCAUUGGCACAGAUAUAGCAGGCAGCAUUCGUAUCCCAAGUGCCUUUUGCGGAAUUUGUGGUUUAAAAACCACUAGCAACAGAAUUAGCAAAAAAGGAAUUGUUCCAUGCAUUGCUGGUCAGAAAGGAGUUUUUGUUGGCAUGGGACCAAUGGCACGAGAUGUUGACGGCCUUGCCCUUUGCCUGAAAGCUCUCUUGUGUGAGAAAAUGUUUCAUCUGGAUCCCACGGUGCCACCUCUUCCUUUCAACGAACAAGUUUAUACCAGCUCUGCUCCCCUCAGAAUAGGAUAUCAUGUGACUAAUUCCUAUAGUAUGCCAAGCCCUUCCAUGACACGGGCUGUGUUGGAAACCAAGGAGCUUCUGGAAAUAAAUGGCCAUGUGUUGGUCCCCUUUGAGCCACGUCACAUGACCCAUUUUAUGAACUACUUCAUUCCUGCGACAUUGUUUGGUGAUGGUGGUGCCGCUUUGCUGCAGUUUUUUGAAGGUGAACCUGUAGAUCCGAAACUAAGGUUUACCAUGAUGGUCCUUAAAUUACCUUACUGGAUGCGAAGAUUCCUAUCCUGGAUUAUGAGACCAAUAAUUCCUCGUUAUUCAAGAACUAUGAGCAACAUCAAAGACAGGUCUGUAAAAGAACUCUGGAAAUGUCACACGGAAAUUGAGAAAUAUAUCAGAGAAUUCACUGAAGAAUGGAAAAGAUUGGAACUGGAUGUGCUGCUUUGUCCUGCUAUAGGUCCUGCUUUUAAGAAUGGGUUUGCUUCAAAACUACCAGAGGUCUGUAGUAAUACCAUGUUAUAUAACUACUUGGACUUCCCUGCUGGAGUAGUACCAGUUACAACAGUGACAAAGGAGGACGAAGAGGAGCUGAAGAGUUUCAAAGGACACUACAAUGAUUUGGGGGACAAACUCCAUGCAAAGGCAGUGAAAGGGGCUGUGGGACUCCCUGUGGCUGUCCAGUGCGUGGCUUUGCCAUGGCAAGAAGAGUUAUGUCUCCGGUUCAUGAAAGAAGUGGAGAAGCUAACCAGAGAAAAAUCAAUCAUGAUAUGAUACCAAAGCAACCAGAAUGGAAUUCUUCCAUACUAGCUAUGGACUCUGGGGACUAAUUUAGUUUGUACAACUAUGGGAAGUCACUAUGGAAGAAUUUGUUGAGAAAAUGUAAGGGGAACAAUAAUUAUAGAGUUGAGCUUCACACCUUUAAAUACUUUCCAUUAAAAUAUUCAGUGCCAUUCCAGCCCAAUAAAUAUAAAAAAUUACCCUGUCUAAACUAAUGAAAUUGAAAUUUUUAACAUGGUUUUGGAAUCUGUGUGUCUAUGGAUGGAGCAGAUAGGAAACAUUUGAAGAAUUGAUUUUCCCCAGCAAUUAUGUAGAUGAAUGAAGGCAUCUGAUUGUACUUGGGUAUGAUAUUAUUCCAAUGCAAUGUAUUAAUAAAAAUAAAGUUUCGCUAAUUUUCCCUGGG